UUAUUUUGAUAAAAUGUAACCUUAACUCUACUAAAAUUUAAAUAAAAUCAAAAUAAUUUUUUUAACCAAAUCAAAAGGAAUAAAACUACAAAAAAUAUAUUUAUGGUUUUAUUUUUUUCAAGCGAUAAAGUUAAAAUAAAAAUGAUAAUGUCCCAGUAUAAACUAAAAUUUUCUUUAAAAAUAAAUAAAAUUAUAUUUCUUUUUUUUUUUAUUUCUGCGCAUUGCGCCAAAAAACUCUUAGUAUAAUUGUAUGAUAUACACAAGGGCAAAGCUAGGCGAUAUUAUUAUUACUGGGGUAUAUUUUAGUGAUAAUAUAAAAACAUAAUUAGGAAAAAAUCAUAAAUCAUGAAAUUAGAGGGCAAACUGAAAAAAAAAAGAUUUGGUGUACGGAUGAAUUUGGCAUUAAUUUCUGUAAAACGUUAAAAAUAUUCUUUACAAAAUUAUUUUAUGAAAAAGUAGUGGGUGUAUUUGUACCCAUGGCUAAAAUGAAGCAGCUUCGCUUUUGAAUAUGUUAUAACAAUUAUAUCAAAAAUUAUAAAAAAAUUAAGUAGUAUAUGAAAGUCAGAUAAUCCAUUCAGAAGUGAAAAACAACCACAUUGGUGAUAUCUCAUUAAAUAUCUUAACAUUAAAAAUGAAAAUCGAAAAAAUUGAAAAUAGAAAGGUAAAAUAAUGUUAAGAGAAAGUACAUGUUUUCUAGUUUGAGAAACUGGAAAAUGAGAUUGGAGAUAUUCUUGGUUGAGAAAAAAAAAAAGAAUAGAGAUAUUCUUAUACCUAUGUGGCACUUUAUAAUUUGUUCAUUUUUUCCCUAUGAUUUAUAAUUUAGUUGUUAUAUUGAACUACAAAUAUUUAAUUUAUCUAACAAAUUACCUAGGUGAAUAUCUAAAGCGAUAGACAUGCUUUAUAUGGUAGUAGAGUUUGAUUCGCACAAUCUAAUAUGAUUCCUAAUUGAUUAACCAAAAUUGGUUCACCGGUUUUUGUUUAAACAUUAUGAGAUUAAUGGUCAAAGAACCAUCAUUUCAAAAAAUGUAUUAGAGAUAAUGUUUCACAUCGAACACUGAAAAUUAUCUUAAGUAAUAUAUAUAUAUAUAUAUAUAUAUUUUGAUUUAAUAUAUAUACAACAGUUUCUUAAGUCGGACGGCAUUGGUUUGGACGUUUUGAGGGAUCAUUACAUUUUAGGCUUAUCAAAAUUUCAAACUAGUAUUAUCAAAAGUUGAAUUCGGACAAAUGAACAUACUCUGGAAUGCUCAUUAUAUGAAGAAAACGUAUUCCAUGGACAAUAUUCUAUCAAGAAUUUCCUAGUUAAGAAAAAUUUAAUCAAUGUAUUGAGCCCGUCGUUUAAGAAAUUGGAGAAAUCAGUAAUUACUGUGGGCUAUAAUGCAUGUAUACCUUUGACUUUUAAUUUUUCAUUGAUUUCGAUGUGCAAAGCAACGAUGAAGAUUGAAGACUAAGAAGAGAACAAUGUGCAAAGGACUGUGAGAGUAUUCAGUACGAUGUGAAUGAUCGGUAGAAGUGUAAUUGUAAAAUUUGCUAGAAUUUAUUUUUUUAACUAUUUUGUUGUAUUUGUAAUAGUGGUAAGAAUUAAAUAAAAAUGAAAUAUACUUAUACAUCUAUUUUUUUAAAAAAAUUAACAAAAUAAAAAUGUAAUAAACAGGAUUCAUAGAACGAUUUUUUAUUUUUGGUUGUAGAUUUAAUAACUAAUAUAAAGCAUAGUUGAUAAUUUUAAGUUGUAGAUAAAAAUUAAAGAAAAUGAAUAUAAUAAAGAAGAAAAAUGAAUGGGAACCAGGAGAAAAUGUAAGGAAAGUAGGGGAAUGAAGUCAAAACGGUGGUCCAAAAGGACCAUAUACUAAAUUUCUGAUUUACUUAAAUCAGAAAGUUAAACACGAAACCCUAAGAAAGAUAGAAAAUAGGAAGAAUUAUUAUGCUAUGGUCAAACCUUAGCAGUUGGGCUAUUUUAAUUUUGAUUUAACUUUAAUUAUAAUAUGGUCUAAAUUAACCUAUAGUGAAAAGAGCGAGUAAAGUUUUGGGUGCAGAGGAAACUUAAACUUACUCAUUUGGGUAAAUUCCUACAAGGUAAAUAAGUACUCCUGAGUUUAUUUGAUUAUUUCUGGAAAGAGAUUACUAUUAGGAGUUAGGACCUAAGAAUAGAUAAUUCUUUUCAUGCAAUAUAUAGCCUAUUGUGGAAUUCUUGUACGUUGAUGAUUUGAUAUGCAAUGAUCAUUCUUUAAAGUAUUUAAAUAUAUAUAAGAUAAUAAAAAUGGUCAGGAGUCAAGACUAAUGUAACCAAAGUCAAAUAAAUAUUCGUAUGAUUACCGUUUUUGUAGAUUAUAGAUGGGUAGAUACUUGUCGCUAGGUCAAAAACACAUGUGCUCUCAUUCUUUUAAUAAACAAAAUUAUAAAGGGACAACAUUCCAGCUGAUUAUUUGCGCCUCUAAAUUUCUAAUACAUACAUAAAGAUGUAUAUUUAUUCUUCUUAUUUGCUAUUCUUAAUUGUCUGAAUAUAUAAGUGACCAAAAACUGAAUUUACGAGGUUUAUAUACGAAUCGUCAAAUCAUUACUAUGUCGUGAACUAUUAUAAGGAAAAGAAUUAUAUAAUUGUCGAUUUAUGAGUUUAUUUUUUUAGUGUAGUUUUAAAGAUGUAACAUCAUUUAAAUUGGACAAAGAGAAUAGAUGGAAAAAGAGACAGUCAUGCAGUUUUAAUUUUUAUUAUUUUUGGCUUCAUGCAGAUAUACAUAUAAAUUAGAGAGAGAUAGAUACAUAUGUAUGAUAGUGUGCAUCCAAAUUGGACAAAGAGAAUAGAUGGAAAAAGAGACAGUCAUCUUUUAGAAAGAGCCAAAACCAUAUCAGAAAAAAAAACUCUUUUAAUCCAAACCAUACCCAUGUACAAAUCCUCUCUCUCUUUCUUCCCUCAAAAUUCUUUUUUUCUUGGGUUUAAGGAAAUUUUAGAUCUUGUUCUUGAGGGGUUUUAGGGUUCUUGGGACUAAUUUUUUUUUAGAAAUGGGUAAGCGUGGUGGGAAAAAUGGUAACGAAAACUAUGACGGCGUUGGUUUUAAUGGUCAAGGAGGCAGUGGAGUUAGGUCAUACGUACGGUCUCCGGUGCCUAGACUCAAGUGGACGCCGGAUCUCCACCGUUGUUUUGUUAACGCCGUCGAUAUGCUUGGUGGCCAACAUCGAGCUACUCCAAAGCUUGUUCUUAAGAUGAUGGAUGUAAAGGGACUCACCAUUUCACAUGUCAAGAGCCAUCUUCAGAUGCAUAGAGGUUCUAAACUCACUUUGGGUAAACCAGAGGAAAACUCUUUAUUUUCAAUAAGAAGACAAGACACCGAAGAGGAUUAUCUUCAGGACUACUUGUCUUUACACACAAGGAAUGAUUGUCCUACGGGUUUUCACACCUUUUCUCUUUCUUCACAUUCUUCUCUUAGAAGAGGAAGAAGAAAGGGGCAUACUUCAGAGUCUCGUGGUGGAGAUGAUGUUGAUGACUCUCUUCACAUCAUGAACAUGAAGACGAACGGAACGACGACGUUUCCAUCACAUCAUUUCCACCAGAAUACAGAGAAGGAGACAAACCCUUGGCAUGAACACGAACACGAACAUAAACAUGAACAUGAAGAAGAAGAACUGUCGUUGUCCCUGUCGUUGAAUCAUCAUCAUUUGAGAAGCAACGGAUCAUCAGUGAGCGAAACAAGUGACGCGGUCUCCACAUGUUCAGCACCAUUCGUCAACAAAGAUUGCUUCGGUUCUUCGCCAAAGAUUGAUCUCGACCUUAACCUUUCAAUUUCUCUCCUUGGCAGCUGAGACCACGAAUUAAAUCUUUAUUUAUUAGAUUAGUUGUAGUGAAACAUCAUAAUCUUUUGUUAAACUACUAGGAUUUCUUGUUUUCCAAAGAUUUAAAGUCAGAAUCGACAAAAUUUUGAAAAUAAAUUUUGAAGUUAUGUAUACAUCAAACUGAAACCCAAAAUGUAUAAAACAAUAAUGAAUCCAAACCGAAAAUAAAACAAACAUAGCCAUAACUUACAUCUUAAACAAAACAUGCAAGUUGGAUCCUUUGUCACGGAACAUGAGAGGCUCACUAGUAGUAGUUCUUCACUCACUUUUUUGGGUACUUGGAGAAUUUUUUUCUGAGGAUUGGUAUAGCUACUUAGACAGGUUCGUAAAGGUAGUUAGUUUAACGAUGUAAUAAGUUCUUUCUUUGAAAUAAAAUCGAGUACUUUCAAAAAAAAAAAAAAUCCAUUAUGUUGAUUACACUUAUGUGUAAAACAUUCAUGAGAAAGAUAACAAAAAUGUCUUCUUGUUCGUAGGCCCAAGCCCCCUUUUCUCGCAGUUAUAGAUAUUUUACUGGACCUUGGCAUUUGAUUUUUUUCGAUUUGGUUUCGGGCUUUUGAGUUUUGAGUUUUGAGUUUUGUGGGUGUUCGGUUUUGUGGUUCACGUUGGUAAAAUUUUAUAUUCGUUUAAAAGAUAUUAUAAGAAAGAUUGCAUGAGUAAUAAAUUCUUUUUUUUUAUAACAUCAGAUUAAUAAAUUCUUAUUUAUCAAAAGGGAAAUGAUUAAAAUAUACUCCCUCGGUUCCACAAAUAUAGAUUUUUUUAGUAUUUAAUAUAUUAAGAAAACACAUUAAACUUCUAUAAUAAAUGUAUUAUCUUCUGUAAUUUUGAAUUGGAUUAAACAUUUUUUUUUGCUCUGCUGAAUCGGAUUAAUCAUGAUAAAUACAUUGGUUGGUGGUUUGUGAAAUAUGGUAUGAUUGUUUGUUGAUUUUUACUCAUGUCUGAAUAGAAUUCAAUCGUAGUUUUGUGUUAGGUUAGCUAUUAAAUAGCUGCUUAAGUGGUUUGUGUGAGGUAAUGGUAGGUUUAGGUAAUAAAUUGAUUUAUAGUUGGACUGAAAUGAAUGGUGUUCUGUGUAGAAGGAGGUUGUGUGAUGAAUGCUUUUAGAUAUAUGUCUACUCGGUUAUGGUUGGUUGUGAUCAAUGCGUUGAUCCUUCUCUUCCUUACAUAAACCGCGUCUUUAAUCUCCUACUUUCUCACCUCACUUCUUUUCUUUAUCUCUUCCUUGUUCAAACCGUGUCUCUUCUCUUCCUACUUUCUCACCCUACUUCUUUUCUUUAUCUCUUCCUUGUUCAAACUGUGUGCUUCUCUUCCCUAGUUCAGUUCUUUUUUUCUCUCUUCUUUAAGCUUACUUCGGAUAUGGAUUCUUAUCCAUCUACCCAGAGUUCAAAAUUUGUUGAACUACUUCACAGACAACAAAGCAUUUCGUUCGGUAACUAUGAAAAUAGUGUCUCAUUAUCUUCAUCACAACCUCUGUUUCAACGCACGCUAGGAACCGGAGAUGGAUUAUGUCUACCUAAUUUUUUUGUUUAAUGUGAGAGAGUGAACCAUUGGGAGCACCCGUGAGAGAGAGGUGGUCAUCAAUCACAAGCAGCGACAACAGUUUUGUAUCCUUGUGUCACACGACAGUGAGAGAGUGUGUGUGUUUGGGUCUGUGUGUUCUUGGGUCAGUGCUGUUAGAGUGGAGCAUUGGGUCAGUGUUGUUUGUAUUUGUAUGUGUCUGUUGUAUUCUUGUGUCACGAGAAUGUGUUGUGUCUGUGUGUUCAUGUGUCUAUUGUUUGUAUUUGUAUGUGUCACGGGAAUGUAUGUGUGUUUAGAGUGGAGCAUUGGGACAAUGAAUGUGUGUGUGUGUGUGGGCUCUUGUAUGUAUGUGUCACGAGAAUGUUUGCCGAACUCUUUCACACUUUAUAAAUCUGAUACAACAAUACUUUCUCUAUCUCACAACAUUUCACACUUCUCACCAUUCUCUUUCUCCAUAACAAUUCAUACGUCUAAUACAACAAAACUUUCUCCAUCUCACAACAUUUCACACUUCAAACCAUCCUCUUUCUCUAUUAUUCUCCUCAUCGAAAGCAAUUCAUACGUCUCUCCACAAUAUAUAAUCUGAAACAAGAAUCUGAAACAAACCUCUUAUGGCGUCAUCUUCUCACAACACUUUCGAAGGUAAUAUUGAUGAAACUUUCGAUCAAUAUUUUGAUCAAACUUUCGAUCAAACAUUUGAAAAUUUGUGCAAUGUUGAUGGUGAUCAAGAAGAUGAAAGGAAGACAAGGAAAAAAGGGUUUUUACCGAAAUAAAUCGUGAAGAUGGCCAUCUCCGGUUAUGGAAUGAUUAUUUCAGUGAUGCUGCAACAUAUCCCAAAAAUCUAUUCCGACGACGAUUUAGAAUGAACAAGGCAUUGUUCAUGCAUAUUGUUGAUCGCCUUUCCAAUGAAGUUCUGUUCUUUCGUCAAAAGAAGGACGGUAUCAGAAGGCUUGGUCUCUCUACACUUCAAAAGUGUACAGCAGCUAUAUGUGUGUUGGCAUAUGGUUAUGCGCUUGAUGCUGUCGGCGAAUACCUCAGGCUCGGUGCAACCACUGCUCGGUUAUGUGUGGAAAAUUUUGUGGAAGAAAUCAUAAAUUUGUUCGGCGAUGAGCACCUAAGAAGACCAACACCGGCUGAUAUUCAACGUCUACUUCAUAUUGGAGAGCUUCGUGGAUUUCCCGGGAUGAUAUGAAGCAUCAAUUGUAUGCAUUUGGAGUGGAAGAAUCAUUUUAGAGGCGGUUGCUUCAUAUGAUCUCUGGAUAUAGCAUGCGUUUUUCGGACGUCCAUGUAUCUUAAAUGAUAUCAAUGUUCUUGAUCGCUCACAUGUUUUUGAUGACAUAAUAAAUGGUAAAGCUCGGCAGGUGAAUUUCUCGGUCAACGGAAGAGAGUAUAAUUUGGCCUACUAUCUCACCGAUGGUAUUUAUCCGAAAUGGGCAACUUUUAUCAAAUCUACUCCAAUUCCACAAGAAGCUGUCCGAAAAGAUGGGGAGCGUGCUUUCAGAGUCUUGUAAGCUCGAUUUGCCAUUGUUAAAAAUCCAGCAUUUUCUUAGGAUAAAGUCAUGAUUGGGAAGAUUAUGAGAGCAUGUAUCAUACUCCAUAAUAUGAUUGUAGAAGAGAACGAGAUGAAUGCACUCAAUAUGAUGUUUCGGAUUUUCAACAAGGAGAAGGCAGCAGAAGUUCACAUGUCGAUCUCACCUAUUCGACAUAUAUCCCUACAAAUAUUGCCAAUCAAAUGGUGUUUGAACAAGAAUUCGUGAUAGACAAGCACAUCAACAACUGAAAGGUGAUUUGGUUGAACAUAUAUGGCGUAAAAAUUUGGACGUGAUGAAGACAACAACUGAACUUCGAUGCCUCUUUGAAAUUAUUAUCGUUUGACUUUAUUUUAUUUAAUAAGUAAAUUUAAUUUUUGUUCAAAAUUUUAUGUUUAAAAAUAAUUUUAAUA